AUGGAUCCUUCAAUUCAGUUUGCCAAGACUGGAGCUGUGCCUACUCGCGAGGACAUACUUGCGUUCCGUAGAGCUACCUGGCUCCUCGCCCGAUUCAAGGCAGUCAACAGUGCCCACGGGACCACCCUACGUCUGCAGGAGCACCAGACGAUUGCACAAUCUUUCGAGGGCUCUGCGGAAGAACGUCGUUUCAUUCGGAAGCAAUACGAAUUCCUUGACUGUCUUGCGGGAAUACUCGUCCGCAAUACCGAGGUGCUGGCGCUGAUCCCCAGUUCCGACGGAGUAUCGCAUACGAAUACGAAGGGGAAAGGGAAAGCCGAAGAGAAGUCAAAGAACGUCGUCUACCUGUCAACGAACCCCCGCUUUGAAGACCAUCCGAUCGCCCGCGACAUCGUAGGAGCUCAAGGGCCAGCGCUACUUGUUGACUUCGACACGACGGCGGUCGACAACUUCGACUUUAACUACCGUGAUGGUGCGACGGGUUUCAUUCAUGACAAGUGGGCAAGGAUGAAUGUCAAGGAAAUUGCCAGCGGCCAGCAUUUUAUUGAAUGCUGUCUCCUCAUCAUCCGGAUGCUCAAGCAAUACUUUUCCGAAAAAGACAGGGUCAAGAAAGAAAAGAUGUCUGCAGGCCUGAAGGAUUUCAUCUAUCUCUCAUCUCAGAGCAAGAUUCGUCGUCGCUUCGAGGGUGGCACCAUUUUCAGAAAUUACGUCGCUUUUCUCGCAAUGCCGGUCUCAAACUUAGCGCAGCUCCACCAAGGAAAGCUUCAGCCCGGUGCCAGUGCCUCCACUCCAUCAGCAGGAACACCACUGUCAGUCGCUGAAGUCAAGACUCAGGCUGCCCUCGAUGACAAGAACCUGGAUCAUCUUCCGCUUCCUUUCUUGACAGGCGGUCGGCAGUUGACCACAACAGCGCUGAACCAAAAGUUUCGCAUGGGUCAGACAUCCAAGCAAGCGGGGGCACUGAGGGCUGUCUAUAAGGAGGCGGUUGGCUGGCGUCAGGAUCAGGUUGGGAGAAAUAAGCAGGAGCACGGUUGUACCCUUCCUCUGUUUCAUACGUGGGAGACAAGCCCGUUGAAUGCCCGCGAGCAGUCAGCAUAUGUCUUUUACGACGUCAAGGGCCGUAACGAGAUGCAGCGCAUUAUGGCUAGCAUUUUUCUAGCCCUCCAGUUCUACCAGGAACGGUUCAAAGGGACCCAGAACUUUGUCAACAGUAUCACGAUGAAGCGCAAGGUUUCGAGGGAGGACGCUAUCCUGAAGUGCAAAGCUGCCAGCGACGAUCUGCAGCGCGCAUACUUCGUACUUGCCGGAAUCCGGCGAGAGUUCCGCGAAGUGCUGGACUCGCACUUUCAAUGGCUCCAGUUCUUGACAGGUGUCACCACGACGCAUGUACAAGGCCGAGGGUUCAGUUCGCGUCCUACUCCUACUGCCGAUUCCCCGAACCCUGCCCAGAACAAAAUGGCAAUCUAUGCAGAGCGCGGAACAGGCCCCGAUGGCGCGCCUUUGUGGAGUUCACCACCUCUACCCAAGGGCAACAAUCCCCCUGCCACGCCAAUCCGUGGAUCAGGCAGUGCUCGCCAGGAACCGCCAACUCCUGGCCUCAGCAAGGGGUUCAGCAAACUCAACUUCUCAAGUGAUGCUGGAGACACCGAUGAAAUCUUGGAGACUGAGCUUCUCUCUUUCGACAACGAUGCCAGGGUUCACGGCUGGAAUGUUGCAGCCGCACAGUAUCUUGGCAGUCUUUGCCGUCUCUACGAUUCCCUGCUAUUUCUCUUGGAGAGUGAUAAAACAGUCAUUGAGCAUUUUCUAGCGACUGACUUUCAACCUCUCAAGACUUACCCACGCUACCAAGACAAGGAGAUCGCCGAUCUUCGGGGGUUCCUGGAGACUUUUGAACUUGCGGAAGGCGAGACGAUGCCACAGCAUCUUGUGACGAAAUGGGUCGAGUAUCUCGCAGAUGCAGGGCACAACACGUUCUCGGGCACUUGGCACGCCGAGGCAACAAUCCUCAGCCUGCAUCUUCUUGAAAAGGACCGGGCUCGCAUGGUGGACGCCAAUGUCGUGGCGGGGAGCAGCGAUGCUGAGGAAGCGUGCCAAUUACCCGCGGCAGGUUUGACGAGACUUUUCCGAUCGUUGGGGGCUCCUAUGGCUGUGAACAAAAGAUGCUGCCCGGUGUGUUACUUCCUCGUGGAGUAUAUCCAGAAGACGGAAAACACCAAGUUCCUCUUUGAGGGGGCUCACUCAGACUGGUCGGCGACGACGCUUUCCCCUUGGAUCCCGAAGAAGGCAUUCGAUGCGAUCUAUCAUCAAGUCCUGCAUCACUUGCGCCUCGUUUUCAGGGAGAAGGUCUAUGAAGAUGCGACUAAUCGCUCUGAUGAUAGCGGUGGUACUCGGAGUGCUCCGGGUCGGAGUAGCGCCGGUAGUAGACCCGGUGCCGAUGAUGAUUGGUACACUCAAAACCAAGCAUCACGCGACGCGCGCCCCCCGAUCGAUUUCGAUACCCCAAAGGGAGGUGGAGCGUCAUCAAAGGGGGCAUCAGGAAGGUCUGGGAAGACUGGUACGGGCCCGAAGCAGGGAAAGGGAGGCGACUCGAGCGGAGCCAGGGCUGGAAACAGUGGAAGACAGGGGGCUACAUCGGGGCAAGGCGGGGCCAGCGGCGGAGGCUCAGGUAGGCGUGCCGAGAUUGGAGCGCCCCCGCCGUUCAUCCUCCCGGGCGCUUCGGGCCGUGCCACGAACGUUGCCGGCACACGUGGCUCGCAAAUGGGCAGCGACGAUCCUUUUGUCGACACCCGGCGUGGUGGUGCACCACCUGGGGCUUCGCAGGGCGCUGCAGGCGGUGGACGUGCUCAUCACCCGCGACCAAGCUUGCCGCCCUUGGCUAUCCCACCAGCCGGGCACAGCCGAGCGCCCUCUUCGCCAACGAAGCGACAUGCAUCGUCGGAGGUGCCGCAUGAGAGCUCGCCGUCCCCAAAGAAGAAGUGA